AUGGCCUCGUGCUGGGCAGUGCAGCUGCUGCUCAUGGCAGCCUGGAGUGUGGGCUGUGGUGAGGCCUUCAGGUGCUACACCUGUGAGCAGCCCACAGCCAUUUCUUCAUGCAAGAACAUCACUUACUGCAAGCCAGAGGACACAGCCUGCAAGACCGAGCUGGUGACCGUGGAGUCGGAGUUCCCCUUCAACCAGAUCCCUGUGGUGAGCCGCUCCUGCUCCACCUCCUGCAUUGCCACUGACCCCGACAGCAUCGGGGCUGCCCACCCGGUCUACUGCUGCUUCCGCGACCUCUGCAACUCGUGA